AUGGCGCUAGCUCAGAGCCCCGAAGCCACCACGACGUCGUCUUCACUUCUACUUUUGAGCUCGUGCAUUGCGCCGUUGGAGAAGAUGAAAGUCAAUAUGAAGACGGUAGUACCGAAGCUAUCUGGCGACUCCAGUGACGAAGAACCUGCUAAUCAGCCAGAAGCUGCGGUUGAAAAGACUUUGGCGGAUGACAAGGCCAAACCCAAUGCGAAAACGACUCGGAAACGCGUCCGAAAGAACCGCAACCCACCGUGUCAAGUGGAAGGAUGCAAGAACAUUGCGGUGUCUCGAGGCUGUUGCGUACGUCACGGCGGAGGCUCGCGCUGCAAGAUCGAGGGCUGUCCGAACCGUGCCAAACUGUACAAGCUCUGCUUCCAGCACGGAGGCUUCAAGACGUGCGCGACGGAGGGGUGCACACGCAAGUCUAAGCGCUACGGCCACUGCUGGUCGCACGGUGGCGGUCGUAUCUGCGUGAUACCCAACUGCGAGAAGGUAUCGACGCAAGGAGGACUGGGUGUACCCGCCGCUCCUAUCAGAAAUAUGGCUACUACUGCGUCGAUCACGUGUCGUUGA